GGCCCGGCCACUCGCUUUUCAACUACGUGGAUGUCUCUCUGCCCUUCACGAUCAACACGAGCUUCGUGACCGACAACGGAGCUGCCAACGGAACGCUGGUGGACAUCAUCCAGAUCAUCAGCCAGAACGGGGAUCAGAAGGCCCGGCUGUCCUUCGCGGAGCGGCUGAAGGCAGACGCCCAGGAGGAGAAUUUCAGGCCAGAUGCGGAUUUCAUCCGCGUUUAUGGCGGUCUCGCACAAAUGGGCGAGGCGCUUCGGCGGGGCAUGGUGAUGGUGCUGGCGCUUUGGGCGGAUCCCAGUGGCAACAUGAACUGGCUGGACUCGUGCCACGGCAACAAGUCGGUCUACGACUGCUCCAAACAUCCCAAAUUCGACGAUUCCGUCUGGGAGCAGGCCCAUGCUGCGAAGCCGGGCAUUUGGCGAGGGCCCGCGGAUUUCUUCCCAGACUACGAGACAUCCUACAAGACGAAGGAUGUCUUCUUCAACUAUCCGGGCAUCCCUCCGCUCAUCCGUAGCCAGGUGCGAUUUGGCUGCCGAGGGUGCGAAACUCCGGGUUCGCUCUGCGACUGCUCAGGCGUUCCGUACCAGUUCAGCAUCAGCAACAUCCAGGCGAAGCACCGGUUGAUCCCCAACCAGCCCGAGCCGACAGAGAAGCCGGAUGAGAAUGCAAACCAUCGCCCCAACCUGGUUUGGAAGAUUCUCAUUCCAGCUGUCUCCAUCCUCGUG